AUGAUGGCUGAGACUAAAAAGGGCGAAAAGGAGGAUGUAUUCGAACCAAGUGUGGUCGUUGAUAGCUUGGAAAAUGACUCCGUUGUCCCGAUGAACAAGAUACAACCUGCAGAGGCCGCUGCCGAAAGGCCGUCAGCAGAUGUUGUCGCGACAUGGCUGCAAAUCCUGCUGGACCCCGCAAUGAACAGAGAGCCCGAGGAGUUUUAUCUUGAGAGAAACAUACUCCAAAGAUACAGAAAAGCCAACCCAGAGUACUCAACGGCCGCACGAAGAUGGCCGCAUUUCGCUGCGCGGUAUUGGGACACGGUUGGCCCGGCCGCGAGGCAGCUCUUUGGCAACCACUUCAACUUUAUGCAGUGGGCGCUUGAGUACGCUCGCGAAACCUAUCCAGAUAUAUACGGUCCCGAAUCUCCAUCGAAUGAUGCCAUUCUCGACCUCACCGAUGUUCUGUAUGACGGAACGUUUUCCCCAUUGCACAUUAGCGCAUCCCUGGGGCUUGAACCGGCAUGCUUCGAGCUGAUGGAAAAGCCUGAGGCGCCAGGCGCCAUGUUUCGGGAGCGCGCGGCGUCGCCUCUAUUCUGCGCACUUGCUGGGCCCCAGAUCUUUACUUGCAGAACGUCCAUGGAAAAAUGGCACAAAGUGAUACAUCUGCAGUAUCCAGAGUUGCAUUGUCGGCUACCAAUCAUACGGAGGCUGUUGGAGCUGCAUCGCCGAAAGCGCAUCCUCUACGAGUCGACGGGCCGGAUGGGACGCUUGUUGAUGUUUCUUGCGUUCCGCGCUACCGUCUUGACAGGAUAUGACAGCCUGCUGAAGGAUGUCUUGCAAGGUGGCGGCGACGUCAGGGCUGUCAUUGACUUGAUCAACGAUGAUGAAUUUUCCUACUAUCAGCCAACCGACCCCACGGUAACUUCCAAGAUCUUGAGCAGUAUCCUUGAUCUGGUCCUUGCCCCGUCCAAACUCAAUCUCAUUGAGAGGGACAGGCAGGCCCUCAUUGAUGCCAUCCAGGACGCCUUUCUCAUCAAUGCAGGCGCUCGUGUUGCUUCCGGCCAAGUCGACAUUACAGAUGCCGAGUUCCAAGAAGCGUUGAAGGAUGCUUUUCUCGACGACAGUAUCAUCUGCUUCCGGCGGCUCAUCCACCACCCCAGCUUUGACGCCAAUGCUCCUUCUCCGACCGGGCUGGCCAACGGCACCUUGCUUCACCACGCCGUAUGCGAUGGUCUGGUCGAGUUUGCCGACGUCAUUGUCGAAGCCGGCGGCAAUUUGGACGCGCGGGACCACAUGGGCCGCACCCCGCUUCUGCUGUGCAACGACACGGAAACCCUCGCGAUGCUUGUCAAGGAGCACGGCGCCAAGACGACGGCAGUAGAUCACGAGGGCCGCAACAUAUGGCACUAUGCCGCAGCGACCAACGAUGUUCCGAUGCUCAUGUGGCUGGCUGGGCAUGACACAUGCAAACUCGAGAAUUUAAAGGCCCCGACGAAGGAGGGUGCCACGCCAAUGGACCUCGCCAUGCAGAGCGGUCUGGAGUCACUCGAUGGCAACGACAAGACACGUCUGGACGCUACGAUAGUGCUUCAGGUGCUGUUGAGCAAUGAGGCGCCGCAUGCUGAGGAAGUUGCAGGAAUGAGUGCUGAGAUGGCGAUCUCAAAGAUUCUGAGGAGCCAGCCACGUCCAGGAGGGGAAAGUCACGCAUUGGGCAAUCUCCUUCGACGGAAUCACGCAUAA